ACAAGUAAUUAGCGCAGCGCGGUCGGGGGCAUUGCUUAGGAGAAUGCGUUCGCGAAAAUGAGCUGCAUGCAUGUGGUGCCUCCGUGUGUGAGUGUGUGUGUGAGUGUGUACAAAAAAGGUUACUUGGGGCGGACCCCCUCCCCAUCCGCACCAACCCAUACCCGACCAGAGCAUUUCGCGCACUUGAGAGGCACCGUAAAAGAGAGCGAAAGUUUUGGGCCAACUAGAUUCGGGGCGAGCAAAGGAACGAAAAAGUAAUGUUAUGCAGUGCUUUAGGAAAACGUCUGACUUGUACGGACACAGUGGGGUCCUAUGUGGGGUUUGAAUGCUUUUGUUUCGUGGGGGUGGUGUGUUGGGUGUGAUGCAAAAUUUGACCACCCAUUUUCGAGGGGUUGGGGCGAAAGGAUGCCAGAGUGUAGUGCAGUGUGUGUUUCCCUUCAGUGCAUUUAUUUUUGAUCCGAUCCGACAUUUCAUCUCGCCGAAAGGAAGGAAGGAGAAGCUGCGCCGGGAUCCGCCAAUACCCGCGGACAACCCGCAUGCAUGUGUGUAAUAAAUGGCUUUUUCGUGGUGUGGCCCGUACGGUACGUCUGCUGCGUUUUUGGGGGAUCAUUCAUUCCCCCUCCCCAGCUCCUCCUCCCUUCCCUCCCGCUCCCAGAAAGAGUGAAUCGUCACAUCUCGUUCCCUCCUCUAUCAAACAAAGUAGGCAGUGGUGCGCAGCAACAGGCGACAACACACACACGGGGAAGAAGAUUUGGCACAAAAACGUGGGACUCGGCGGAGCGCGCACACACCAUCGUACGAACGACACAAUCAACCGGACACGCGCUGUCUAUACACACACACAUACACGCACACGUAUGCGGAAGAACACGGCAAUAUUGCUACGGAUUCCGAAAAAAAAAGCUACCACUACACACAAAUUUACUUCUACCGCUGUAGCGCGCGAUUUCUUUGCUGCCCCGCCGUGUUGAAAACGUAGCGCUCGCACACACACGCAGCGUUUUACAGUGUGAUGCGGAAAUUCAACCCCAUUGCGCGUGAGUGUGAGUGUGCUGCUACCCCGGAGACGACGGCGCGCGCCCCAACGUUGUUUAUAUUAUGGGAGGUUUCCCCCCUUCACCGUCUAACACCGUCUAGAGCAGCCGUCUCUUCCCUCCCCGAACGUCAACGUUCAAGUGUGAAGUUCAAUAGCGAAUGCGUAAUACACAGACAGUAUGGUCGCGCCGCGUAUGGUUGUGUACGGUGGAGCGAGCGAACGAAUGAGCGGGUAAAAAACACUUCCUUGACGCCCAGAUGGUUGAUGCUGGUGAUGAUGAUGAUGAUGAUGACGGUGUAGUAACGAAGAGUUUAGUUUGCCACAGAGCAGCAAAAGAUUAGAAUUUUUAAAAGCCGUUUAUGUGUGCGUUCGUUCGGGAUGGGGAAUUGUAUUCCCUUCCCUAAUAGUGGCAACACUCUUCCCGCCUUUGUGUGAAUGUGAAUUAUGUGAAUGUGUGAAGUAAUUAGCUAACCCAAUUUUUGUUGUGUGCUUCUCUCGCUCUCUGCCUGUGUUGGUGUGCUCCCGUACUCCCCGCAGUGUACAGUGCAUCAUCAUCAGUGCAUACCACCAUCGAACCCGAAAGCCACAUCUAAGCAACCAGCGGACAGCAAGUGAGAAGAAAGUGAAGCCGGUGAGAACGGAAACAAAAAACAAAACAACAAAAGAAGGUUCUUAACGCAGGAUCCGGUUUGGCAGUGGUUGGUGCUGGUGUGUCUAGUCGUGCUGGCCGUACGAAAACAUCAAAUGCCCGCGCGUGAAAAGUGCAAGUGUGGUACGAGCGAGCGAGCGAGCGCGUUUGUAUGUGUGUGUGUGUCCCGAGUGAGAGAAUGCGAAAUAUGCUCCUGGCCUAAAGACCUACAUAUUCCCGGACUGCCCGGACUGUAGUGGUAGUGUAUGUAAAUCGACCCCGUUCUGCUGGUAAAAGGCUCCACACCGAGCGAAUGUGUCAAACGAAAAUAGGGAACAAACGACGGCUGUGUGUGUGUGUGUAUGGGAUUGGACGUGGGCGCAAGCGCAAAACGUUCUUCUGUGUGUGGGGAGCGGGCAGAAGUGAAAUGGAGUGUGUCAUGUGUGCUCUCUCUCCCUCUCCCUCUCUCUUUUGUGGCUACACAUAACAACAUCCUCGGCACUGUCGGAAACCUUCAAAAUUCCGAUCCGAUCCUGGCAGCAAGCGUUUCAAGCGGGCUUCACCUUUUCGUGUGUUAGUAGUGUGUACUUUUCCAACCUUGUCCGUGUAUCCUGGUUGUGGUGGUGGGGAGAGUUGCAACAUAAAACCCGGAGGACCUUCGCCUUCGCGCGUUCUUGUGUGUGUGUGUAUGUCGUUGCUCGUGUGUUUCGGGCCCUUUUUCCCGAGGUUAUCCUGUCCGUUUUCCAGCGCCACUGUGCCAGACGUCUUCGUACCGUUCCUGUCGGUGGGUGGUGCACUGUUGCGUGGUGCCGCGUCCCCUUUUACUGUGUGACGUGCGUGUGGCUGCGUUUGUGUGUGAGUGAGUCCGUGUGUGCGUGUGUGUGUACGAGAGUUUUGGCAUUUUUAAUUUGUGCCCUCUGCGCCCGCCCAGACAAAGUACCCCCCCGAAAAGGAGAAGAAACAUAAAAUAUCGAUAGUGAAACCUCAGUGUACCAGUGUGCUAGGAUGUGUGAAAAAAGAAGAAAGAUAAAAAGUGAAAACAUGAAACGGCACGCUGCCUAAUACAAAAAUGCAUCUUUCCAGUGCAAAAUCCUAGUCGCCGCAAUCUCUUGUAGCUGCUGCACCUGCGGGAACCAAAGUGUACCAAAGUGUGUCCGUCGUCGUCCAAGUGUGCCGUACCAAAAGCGGAGUGUGUGAAUGUAAAAGUGCCGUGCGCGUGUGUUUCGGGCGGUUUGAAAAGUUCGUUUGGAAAAGAAGAAAAAAAGUACAACACAAAAAAAAGAAGUGUAAAAUUUUGCUCUGGUGGCACAAACUCGGAGAAAGAAGAAAUAUCGCGAGGAUGCACGAGGAAGCCACCUCAACGGCUAGCUCGUCCACGACCUCCCCGCCCGAAACGUCCUCGUCCUCGAACAUUGUGUACCCGAACGGUGACCCCAUGCUGCUGUCCACCUCGCCCACACCCGGCCCGGGUGUGGCUUCCUCCUCGUCCUCCUCCGCCUCCUCCUCCUCCUCUACGUCGUCAUCCACUACCGGCACCGCUAACCUGUACGAGGCGGUAGACCAGCAGGAGCUGCUACUCUCCAACAGUCAUCACAGUGCGGCCUUCCACGGCCAUCAGCAUCAAAUUCAGCAGCAGCAGCAAAUGCACCACCAGCAACAUUCCCAGCAAGCGUUACAGCACGUAACGCCCAACCUGACAGCAGUGGGUACCAAAAUUAUCGUUACCGGAGGUGUGCAUCAUACCAUGCAGCAGCAGCAGCAUCAUCUUUCGCACGAACAUCAGACGCAUCAUCAACAUCAAACGCAACAUCACAGCCAUCACAACCACCUGCAGCAGCAGCACCACCACCACCAUCCGUUACACCACGUACAGACGCAGCAGCACCAUCAGCCAACUUCCUCCACGAACGUGAUCGUUCCGGGCACGAGCCACGGCUCGCCACCUCUGCUCGUUCAGGCCAGCUCGAGCGGCGUCUCCGACAUGCUGCUCGGGCAGGAUCCGAUAACGACGACCACCGUGGCGGCGGCGGCAGCGACCGGCGCCACCACCCUGCUCGCGCUGUCCCCGGACGACGUGGUGGAAUCGGUCAUCGAUGGGCGGGUCGUGACGGCCACGGAGGAGGACACACUGCUCAGCAGUCUGGCCGGCACGACGACGACCGACGGUGGUGGUGGUGUGGUGGUGGACGAGGUCGAUGAUCACGUCGUCUCGAUGGUCGGUGCCGAUGGGACGCUGCUGGGGUGCGGUGACCCACUGCAAGGGGUCACACACCACUCUCACCACCAUCAGCAGCACCAUCUUCAUCAGCAGCAGCAGCAGCCCAGCUCUUCGUCCAGUAUUACGAUCGUCACGGAAGAGUCCAUCCUUCCGCUGGCGGUAACGUCGGCAGCAUCGUCGUGCGUCCUGGCGGCCGUCACUACCCGCCGUUCGCCCGCCUCGUCCACGUCCGGUUCGUCCACACCGGCCGCAUCGUCCUCCGGUGCGGUGCCGAUGUCCUCGGGCGGCACGAUCGGCAGCAGCCCCUCGUCGUCCACCAGCGCCACGACGGCCGUUGCGGUUGCGACCGUCGGGAGCAGUGGUGGGGCGCACGCUGGGGCCGCUUGCGGGUCGUCGUCGGCGGCUGGCAUCGUUAUGUCCGCCCUGGCGGUUCAUAACGAUGCUGCUGCCGCCCACCUGACCGAGGCGAUCGAGAUCAACAUCCCGGAGGAGGACGACGGUUGCAGCUACGGCGAGGAUUCGGACGGCGGCGGUGGCGGUGUUGGCGGGACCACCGGUGGCGGUCCGUACCAUCACGGUGGCAGUGAUGGGGGCAUCGGCGGCAACAGCAACAGUAGCAGCGGCGGCGGCGGCGGCGGAGGCAGCCAAGCGGCCGGCGGCCAAACGGCGGGCGGCGGCGGCUCCUCCUCGGCAGCGGCGGCAGCAGCGGCAGCCUAUCUGGCGAUACCGGCCUCAGAGCUGUGCCCGGUGUGCGGCGACAAGGUGUCCGGCUACCACUACGGGCUGCUAACGUGCGAAUCGUGCAAGGGCUUCUUCAAGCGCACCGUCCAGAACAAGAAGGUCUACACGUGCGUCGCCGAGCGCCAGUGCCACAUCGACAAGACGCAGCGGAAGCGCUGCCCGUACUGCCGCUUCCAGAAGUGUCUCGAGGUCGGCAUGAAGCUGGAAGCCGUGCGAGCCGACAGGAUGCGCGGCGGACGAAACAAGUUCGGGCCCAUGUACAAGCGGGACCGGGCGCGGAAGCUGCAGAUCAUGCGCCAGCGGCAGCUCGCCCUCCAGGCGCUGCGUGGCUCGAUCGGCGGCGGCGUCGGCAUCGGUACGCUCGGUUCGGACGGCGUUUCGCCCCAAUUGCAGGGUCUCGAUUACCACCAGCCGUACUCGAGCAUGCACAUCAAGCAGGAAAUCCAGAUACCGCAGGUCUCAUCGCUCACGUCAUCGCCGGAUAGCUCGCCGAGCCCGAUCGCGAUCGCCCUCGGCCAGGUUAAUCCGCAGACGACGAUAUCGCUCAGCAGCACCGGAGUCGGCGGCAACGGUGGUGGUGGCGGUGGUGGCGGCGGCGGCGGUGGCGGCGGCAACGGUGGUGGUAGCAAUGGGUCCGGUGCCGGCACCGGCAGCUCCAACUCGAACAGCGCCACCAACAUCCAGAACCCACUGUCCGACUCGAAGCUGUGGAUGAGCGCCAACUCGACAACCGCCUCGCCCCACUCGCUCAGCCCGAAGGCGUUCAGCUUCGACUCGAAUCCCACCAGCACGGCCGACUCCGGCAACCCGGCCGACACCCUAAGGGUAUCGCCGAUGAUCCGCGAGUUCGUCCAGUCGAUCGACGAUCGCGAAUGGCAGACGUCGCUGUUCUCGCUGCUCCAGAGCCAGUCCUACAAUCAGUGCGAGGUCGACCUGUUCGAGCUGAUGUGCAAAGUAUUAGACCAAAAUCUGUUCUCCCAGGUCGAUUGGGCGCGAAAUACGAUAUUCUUCAAGGAUUUGAAGGUUGACGAUCAGAUGAAGCUCCUCCAGAACAGCUGGUCGGAUAUGCUGGUGCUCGACCACAUACACCAGCGCCUGCACAACGGGCUGCCGGACGAAACCACCCUGCACAACGGGCAGAAGUUUGAUCUCUUAGGUUUAGGGCUGCUGGGCGUGCCGAGCCUGGCCGAGCACUUUAACGAGCUGCAGAACAAGCUGCAGGAGCUCAAGUUUGACGUCGGCGACUACAUCUGCAUGAAGUUCUUGCUGCUGCUGAAUCCCGAUGUCCGGGGGAUCACCAACCGAAAGACGGUCGUCGAGGGCUACGAGAACGUGCAAGCGGCCCUGCUGGACUACACGCUUACCUGCUAUCCGUCGGUGCCUGACAAGUUCAGUAAGUUGCUCAGUAUUAUUCCGGAGAUCCACGGAAUGGCAGCACGGGGCGAGGAGCAUCUGUACAUCAAGCACUGUGCCGGCAGUGCACCCUCCCAAACGCUGCUGAUGGAGAUGCUGCAUGCUAAGCGGAAAUGAAGCUGGCCGGUUGAACCGAAUCCACCACAACCACCAGCACCACCAUCGGCCGCACUGACACCGGUGCAGCAUCACCACCACCACCACCACCAGCAUCCGGUCGGUGGUUAUCGUCGUGUAACGCGUGCAGCUGAGGCGGAGGAAUGAACAGCGCGAGUGACCGAAAGAACCAAUUCAAUAGUGGAGCUGAUGCUUGCUUCUUGCUGUCCAUUUCAAUCCACCCCAAAUCACUCACAGGCAACAUCAAGAGACGCACGUAAGCGCACGUGCACAUCUACACACGCACGCACAAACAAUCACACACACACACACUCACUCGUGCAAUCACGGAUGUUUUUGUUUUAAUCUCCAUAAAAAGAGGUCACUUGAGGAAGAUGGCAAGGAUGUGUGGUGUAUUUGUGUGUAUACUUAAGCUCAGUUGUUUCCGCUCGCUAGACUUAAAAUUCCGGAAUGGAGGGAAUGAGGAACGCUUUUGCAAGGGCCCUUCCCUUUAGCGUGUGUGUGUGUGUGUGUGUAUGUGUGUCUCGUAUGUUACUUCGCUUAUCCACCAUCCUCGUUACUAUCGUUAAUUAAGGUUUAACGUUAUCGAUCUUUAAGGCUCUUUAAGCACACACACACGGACACGAAUCGUCGCGAAACAAAUUUUGCUAUUUGUUUAUUGUUUUUUUUUUUAAAUAUCUUUUAGUUCGUUUUUUUUCUUCUCUUAAGUAAACGUGGUAUUAGGGGUUAGUAGUGUUUGUAGUAGCUAGGGAAUAGAAAGCGAUAGAAUACAGCACCCGAACGGUCAAGGAUCGUUAUAGAGUGUAUGUGUGUGUGUUUGUAGGUGAUCGUGCGCGUGUAUGUGACAAAAAAGAAAAGAAAACCCCCAAACCUUGACGAACGUACACUAAAAAAAACGGCUACCAGGUGUGAUGAAACAAAUUGUAGAAAUGAUGGUGAUUUAAUGUAAUUACGAGCAUCGGGAAGAAUCGGAAUGAAUUUGUGCAAUGAGUGUAGAAGGUCCUUUCAAAAGAAAAUGAAGAAACCGCCUAACUCUAGAAUACAUUAUGUGACGCACACACACACACACAUACACUCAAUAGAAGAAACCAACAAAAUCACACACACACAUUAACAUGUCGUUACCAAUUGCAUCUCAGCGAAAACUACCAGAAAUGUUUUAUUCUCUAUUUAUUGUGUGUUUGGCAACGGGCGGGUGCACGUGAACGGAGCAGCAUGGGCAGCAAAAGUAAACGGUAGCAGUGAAGGCCCAGGUCAUCCAGGAUGUAGAUUGUUAAACACUGCAUCGGAAGAGUGGCUUUGUGCCGUCUCUUCACCGGUGGCCAUUCAUUUAAGCGUGUGUCCCACUGUAACGAUCGUGCAGUGCAAGUAGCAACAGUGUAGCCAGGAAGGGAAUCGAAUCGGUGAUAUGUAUAGAGGUUAGAUAGGAAGAAAGAGAGAGAGAGAUGGUUAUCUCCAUCGGGAGAGUGGAAAUUAUUUUAAAUCUUCUAACGCAAAUUGGAAUGGGAGAAAGAUGUUGAGGACGAUUUGCCAUUAGGACGCUAAAUUACAAACCACACAUCCCUCUUCAAUGGGGGGAGGCUCCAUAUAGCCACCCUCUUGGCGCACCCGCGUGCUUCGUGUGUGUGUGUGUGUUCUGUGUGUACGUGUGCAUUUGUGCACGUGAAAUCACUACGUUUUUUACGCAAACAAAACAAAUGCAAAAGAAAAGAUCGUUUAAAGCAGCGCGAGGAUAAAUAUAUGUACAGUUUGUUAUAUAUAAGUUUGAGAAGAAGCUAAGAAAAGGAGAAGAAGAAAAAACACACACACACCUACAGUAUGUUUAAAAAUGCAUGCGUAGUGUGGUGGGAAAAGGAUUGUAAAUUUUGUUUAUGUUUUAACACACUUACCCACUACAAACAGCAGAUGCAAAAGAAAAUGGAAAAGAGAGUGGAAACAAAACCCCGGGAGGAUAGGAAAGGCAACCACUUUGCUAAAAAAUACUAAGUACUAAGUGCUCACACGCACGUGUGUUAAUAGUGAUCUAGAAAAGGAGAAAAAGCGAGUGUGUGUGUGUAUGCGUGUGAAGGGAAUGUUGGGAGGUUUUUAGUAGUGAUAGAAACUAAUAGUGUAGCUGUACUAAAAACGAAGAAGCCGAAGAGAGGGUGAGUAGGAAGAAAAGAAAAACACAACACACAUAAAUAUGCAUACAGCAACAACAAAACAACACACACACACAUAAAAAAGGAAACAAAGGAUCUAAAACUAAGUGUUCACUAAAUGUUAAAGCAAAAAUCAUGAUUAAAUUACAAAACAAAACAACAAAAAAACAAGCAAGAAAGUAGAUAAGGAAAAAAAUACGCAGAAUUAGUAAGCGAGGCAAGGUUUAAUAAGAAGCGGGGUUUAGUAGACAGGAUAAGGAGCUAAUAGUUUUCGGUUUAUCUUUUUUUCUUUUUUCGAAGAGGGUUUUAAACCACCCACCACCGAAGUGGGGAGCUACUGGGGAAGCGUGAUGCGUUUUUGUGUAGUGCAAUUUGCAGUGCAACAGGCGCUGCAGCAUCCUGCCUUUGGCUUUGUGUGUCUCGGAGAGAGAGUGUUAUUUCUUUUCCUCUCCCUGUUAUUGCGCUUGUGAUUGUGUUUCAUGUUUUAUCAUCAUUGGUGCCUGGUGAUCAACCGGUAUGACCGAGUUUUUGCUUUGGAAAUUUCCCCCCUUUUCACGCAGCAUACAAUGGGCCGUAAAUGGGAACGGUUUCAACAAACACUGGCAGUGCAGUACAGUAACGGAAACUUUAAUACAAAAAAAAAAACACACACAGAGAAAUAGAUAACCAUUUAUAAAUGCCUAUACUACACCAUCGUUGCUGUUACAAACUGAUAUAAUAUCUAAAACCACACACCACACACGCAUACUGCAAACAAACAAACAAUGCAUACAAAGUAUAUAAAACCACUGUUCUAACUGUUAUGAAAAUAAUGUGUACACCCAACUUACCGUAAUGUGCAAAAACAAAAAAAAGCAAACAAACAUCCCCAUGAAACAGAGAGAGAAACUGUUGAUAUUAACUUUUAUUUCUUCCUUGUCUCCACGAGUGAGGAAAAGCGAAAAAUCCAACAUUUAAGAGACAAACAAAAAUAGAACUAACCGAUGUACUAUUUAUAAAUAUAUAAAACUCUCAAAACCUGAAUAGUCAGCAACAGAAUGUUACCGAAUAUUAUCUACAAAACAAACGUAAGAAAACAAAACACAAUGUAAAAUGUAAAGUGCAAGAAAUAGUGUAAUAAUAACCUCCCGCAAAAAUAAUCCACAAAACCCAUUAUUGCGCAAUAGCACAGAUUUUAAAACCGCUUUCGACGUGCAUCACAAACAGCAACUCACACAAGUAGUAUCAGUAAAACUGCGCAACAAGCGGCAGAAAUACCACAAAAAAAAACAAACAAAAAAGCCGAAUGAAUCCGUCUAUUUACACAGCAAAAUAAGCCAACUGUAACUGAAAAUGAAAUGCGUGAAUUGAAAAAUUUAAGAAAUGUAAAAGUAAAAACCACAAACGCAGCGGCGAAUGAUCCAAGAAGAGAAAAAACACGAAAAAGAAAUCUUUCAAGAGUUAGCAAGAUAAGCGGGCGUUAUAGAGAGAGAAAGAGAGAAAGAGAUGGAUGCCAAACUCGCGACACAACGUAGAAAAGAAGAAAAAAAUAGCGUAGCCGGGAAAAGAUAAGAAGAAAAGGACACAAAAGAGAGGAAAAACAGAAAACCAGCGGUACAGCAAACAAAUUUUCUCUUUACAUUGUAAAUAGUAGCGUGUACGUAUUGUGUUUAAGGGCAUUCUUUACAUUCCAUCUCCUGUUCCUGGCUUUAAAGGGGUGACAACGCGGUCAAAUGUUGCCAUUUAUGUUCUUCUUCUUCUUCCUUUUUUUCUUGCUCUUGUGUUCUGUUCUAUGUUCUAUUUUCUGUUUUGCUAUCUGAUCUACUACUUUUUACUACUACUUCUACUACUACUACUACUACUCCUGCUCUGUUUCCUGCACUCAUACAGCGCUUGUCUCAUGAUGUGUGCGGCGUCUUUUUUAGAUAUGGUUCAAUAAUAUAUAUUAUCUUGCUAUUGUUAAACUGUUUCUUUUUUUAUUUAUUUCCGUUCCCUCUUGCUUUCAUGCUUUCUUUCCUUUCUUUGUUUCUUGUUUUUGUCUUUUCCUGUGCUCUAUUCAUGUUUUUUCUGUUAUUUUUCGUUGCUCUAAACUUUUUUCUUUAUCUUACCUUCGUCUGUUGUUGGUGUUGGCUAUUUAUUUUACAAUUUCUUAUUCUUUUGAAUCUCUGUUCACUAAUAGUACGGUUACCAUUUUCACGCUGUCGAAUUUUAUUCUCAUUCAAUAUGUACCUUUUUGCAACAGUAUAUUUUCUUCUCUGUGGUUCUUCCACCUCUUUUCUGCUCUUUUAUUGUCUGUUCUAUUAUUUUUCACAUUUUUCAUCUACUUUUCAUUUUCUUUCUUUUUAUUCUGUACCCUUUUAAGACAUUUCCUUUUAUUUCUGCUCCUUUUUCUUCACGCCUUCCUUUCCGGAUCCGACCUUUCAAAUGUGUGUUGCUUGCGAGAAGCGGACAAAUCGUUAAACAAUGAAAACCAAGUAAUGAAAUCGAGUAUCGAAUGUGUUCCGAAUAUAUGCAUCACUCUUUACAAAGUUACGCACUGUUCGUGUAUUAGUGUGGUGUGUAUGUGAUUAAUAUGUAGCUGUACAAGCGUGGUCGUAAAGCUUUAUGAAAAGGGGGGGUUAAAAAGUAAAACAAAACAACAAACACACACAUAAACACAACGUUACCAAAACAAACCAUACAUACAUACAAUUACAGAAAAGGAUAGGGAAAAGAACAAAAACAAACAGUUGCUAAAGUAACUUACUCCUGAAACACGGAUGGAGAAAUAGAAGCAAACCAAAACACUGUAGAAACGCCUUGAACGAUGUGUGUUAGCUUUUAGUAGCAUUCGGAGAAGGGAGCUAGAACACAGCAGCAAGAAGCAGAAGAAGGAACCGAAAGUGGUAGAAGAUUAGAAUCCACCCCUCCACAAACCCCCUUUUGCAGGACUUUUGCCGCUCCCAGCAGGAGGAAUGCUUAGAAACAAAACGAUAUAUUUUUCGAUGUAAACUUUUUGUCCCCUUUUAGCCUAUCCCAAUCAAAAAACAGGAUUGUUGGCGGCAUGGUCCUGCUCAUUCACACACAGACACACAUAAAACACACACACAGAAAGCUACAGAAACAACACAUGAACUAAAAUGAAAUGCCUUUUCAAAGUACAAACGUGUUUGUUGAAGCGAAGUGGAAAGGAUCGAUGGAGGUGUGUAGUAGAAGUGAAAGUUCCGAGUAGUGUUCCGUGGGAGGGGGGCAUGCGUUGUAUUUGAAGUAGUGAGUCGUCGUUUUGCGUAGGAUUAUCUCUCGUACCUUGUACAUAUGAUUUGGUGCUGGUUUGCCCGUAACGGAGGGAACCAUCUAGCUAGGGUGACCAAAAACAAAAAAAAACACAAAAUCUCUUCUCGUGUGUUUGUGUGCGUGUCUGUUACCUGUCAUUAGUGUAGUGGAUGUGGAAUAGAUAAAGGAAGAAGAUAGGAAAGAGUGUGCGAAAAACACACAGAACCACAAACACACACACACACAAAACCGAUGGAAAAUGUAGUAGUCAAAAACGUAUCCUCGCUUCAUAUGAACAAAAAGAUAAGAAGAACAUAAAAACAAUACAUUAUAAAUAGUGCGCUUAAUGGAAAAAGCAGCACAUAUAAAUAUUUUAGGUAGAAAAAGGAAACAAAGAAAUAACUACAAGCAACACACAUUUGAAAGUAAGUUAAAUUGGUUUGGAUAUGUACUGUUUAGCAGUUUGGUAAAAGCAAACAAAUUAAUCGGCAAAAUAACAACAAAUAUGAAUGGAAAAACAAAUAUGAAAACUCAAACAAAACAGCUGCUAAAAGAAAUUUUUAGGCAAAGAAACAAACAGAUAUUGUUUAGGAGUUAAUUGACAUAAUUGAUUGCUUUUUAUCAUUUAUUUCUCCUUCUUAAUCCACACACACACAAAGAAUAUAAAUGAUCCCAUUUACACGAGGCACGGGUAGCAAUGAUCACUCCCCCAACUCGACAGGAGAGGCGUGUUAGUGUGUGUGAAGAAAGCAGAGCCGCAGGACAGCGAUGUAAGGUUAAAAGGAUAGGAAAAAAAGCCGGUAAAAACAUACGUAGCUAGUUGUUUAGUCGAAGAAGAUGAAGAAGAAGAAAAAGAAGAAGAAAAAUAAGAAGAAGAAGAAUAAGAAGAAGAAGAAGAAGAAGAAGAAGAAGAAGAAGAAGAAGAAGAAGAGAAGAAGAAGAAGAAAAGGAAGAAGAAGAAAAAGAAGAGGAAGAAAAAAAACAAACCAAUUUUGCUUGAAAAAAAAAACAUUCCAGCAGCCGCCAGCCAGUAACAGUACAGCGAAACAGCGAAUGCGAUCGUGAUCGUUAGGUGUGCAAAAAGAAGAAAACAAAGAAAACAAAGCGAAGAAGCUAAACGUAAAGAGGUAAAAAAACACACACACACAAACAAACAAACAAAACCGUGGAAAUAUUAUUAGAUUGAAAAUCAUAAUUUGCCACAGUGAUAUAUUAUUAGGCAGUAGUAGGACGACACUAUUAGGACGUAGAAAAGCAAACGAGGGAAUGGAAAGGAAAAAAACUGUAUCCACUGUUUUAGUGUCAUUUUUCCUCUUUUCUUUUCCUUGUCGCUCCGUUGGCAUCUCGAAUCAAUCUCUUCCUCUCUGAUCUAAUGCUCGCUUGAAGGCGGAGGACUUUUCUAUCUUGGAUCCUUCGUUGCUCUCUCGUUUUGGGCACGCGUAGUGUGAAAUAGGCUAGGGGGGGGGGAGGUCAAAAUUUAAACACAAAAACACUGCUGCACCACAAAACACACAAACUUUCUGGUUUCCCGAGCUCAUUAGAACUCCGCACACAUACCCGCAUAACGCAAAAGUAACGCAAAAACUAGCUGUGCAAAACCGUAGCGCAAAAAACAUACACACAACAACAAAUACGCAACCACAGUUGGGGAGGAAAAAACGAAACGAAAAAGAUGUGCAAAAAACGUGUGUAAUGUGUAUAAAAUAAGUGUAAGUGUAAAGAAAACGUGCAACCACACACUACAUCACAAAGAGAAGAAGAAAAAAAACAAAGGCUAAAGCAAAAUGAAGCAAAAAGAAAAUGCGAUAUUACAAAAAAAAGAAGCAAAACAGUCACGCGUGAGAAGACAAAAAAAUAAGAAGAUAUGAAAAAUGUGAGAGAGCGAAGUGAGAGAGAAAAGAGAGAAAAAGUGAAACAAACAAACAAACAAAAAAAUUGGGUACCUUACCUUGAUGUGUUUUCAGAAGAGUUUCUUCUGUCUUUGUAGUUUACGAUUAUUGUUUUGUUUUAUCUACUUUUUCCAUCUUUCUUUAUACAUUUUCUUUCUAGAAGCUAGAAGUUUAAGCCGUUUAUACGCAUAAGUUUAGUAUACUAAUCUAUUAUACUAUACUUUUCUUUCUCAUUUUCUUACCUCGUUCCACUGUUCACUCCAUUCUCUACCUGUACUGCUCUACUUUAAAAUUUUCCUCUACUUUCUCCCUUCUUUUCUUCAAUCUGUUACCCUAUUUUUCCAUUUUCCUUAACACACCUACACCUACUUAAAAUAGCGUUUGGGUUUUGUUUUAAAGCAUUAAUUUUCGUCUUCGCCGCCGCUACCCUUAUACUUGUUUUAUAUUUUGUAAUAAAGUCGUUAGUAAUAAUAAUCGUGUAAUAAUUAAUAAUAAAAAUGAAACAUAAAAAAAAACUACAACAAAAAACAAAACAACAACCUUCGUUAAGCGGGAAGGGAGGAGGGGAGGGGGACAGGGGAAGGGGCUGUGGGAACUGGAUGGGGGAAUGGGAUAUGGAGCAAGGGAAGGGGGAAAUAAUCGUUGCACGAAUGUACCUUUGGUUUAGAAUUAGGAAAGAGAGGAAAGAGAAAGAGAAAAGUGAAGAAACGAAAGUGAAAGAAGGAUAAUAAAAUAGCUUUAUUGUUUUUUUUUUGCUGGAAAAGUGAAAAACAACAAACGAGAAAAGAGAAAGAAACCCGAACAUCAUGAGCAUCGAAUGCAUGCAUGAUAAAAACACACAAAACUACAGAAUAUAUAUUAAAAAACACAAAAACAA